CCCCACCUCCGCGCCCGCCCCGCGGGCUGACCGGCCGACCGGGGCCCGCCCCCGGCGCCCACCAUGUACGCCUUUGUGCGGUUCCUGGAGGACAACGUCUGCUACGCGCUGCCCGUGUCGUGCGUGCGCGACUUCAGCCCCCGCUCGCGGCUGGAUUUUGACAACCAGAAGGUGUACGCCGUGUACCGGGGCCCGGAAGAACUGGGCGCCGGGCCCGAGAGCCCCCCGCGCGCCCCCCGCGACUGGGGCGCGCUGCUGCUCCACAAGGCCCAGAUCUUGGCGCUGGCAGAAGACAAAUCUGACCUUGAAAACAGUGUGAUGCAGAAGAAAAUAAAAAUCCCCAAACUUUCUCUCAAUCAUGUAGAAGAAGAUGGGGAAGUUAAAGAUUACGGGGAAGAAGAUUUACAGCUUAGACACAUCAAGAGACCCGAGGGGCGGAAGCCGAGUGAAGCGGCGCACAAGAGCAUCGAGGCAGUGGUGGCCCGGCUGGAGAAGCAGAACGGCCUGAGCCUGGGCCACAGCACAUGUCCGGAAGAGGUCUUCGUGGAGGCCUCACCGGGCCCAGAGGACAUGGACAGUCUGGAGGACGCCGGUGUGCCCCGGGCUCUGUAUGAGGAGCUGCUGCGCAACUACCAGCAGCAGCAGGACGAGAUGCGCCACCUCCAGCAGGAGCUGGAGCGGACUCGCAGGCAGCUGGUUCAGCAGGCUAAGAAGCUCAAGGAGUACGGGGCGCUGGUGUCCGAGAUGAAGGAGCUCCGCGACCUCAACCGGAGGCUGCAGGACGUGCUGCUCCUGAGGCUGGGCAGCGGUCCCGCCAUUGACUUGGAAAAAGUAAAGUCAGAAUGUCUCGAGCCCGAGCCGGAGUUACGGAGCACUUUCAGUGAGGAAGCAAAUACGUCGUCCUAUUACCCCGCUCCUGCACCUGUCAUGGACAAGUAUAUCCUAGACAAUGGCAAGGUCCAUCUGGGAAGCGGGAUUUGGGUUGAUGAGGAGAAAUGGCACCAGCUACAAGUAACCCAAGGAGAUUCCAAGUACACAAAGAACUUGGCAGUCAUGAUUUGGGGAACAGAUGUUCUGAAGAACAGAAGCGUCACAGGAGUUGCCACAAAAAAAAAGAAAGAUGCAGUCCCUAAGCCACCCCUCUCGCCUCACAAACUAAGCAUCGUCAGAGGUCCUGGCACACAGUGGGAGCUCAGUCGCCGAGGGCUGAACAAGUGCCACACUGAGACCUGCAAGCUGACCCCCUGACUGACUCUUCACACUGUUUCUUGCGAACUACUUUCCUUCCAUGUCGCAGUGUCUUCAGCUGAACACUCACCUCUUACGACAGUUAAGAGGGCUGCUUGGAUUGUAGCUUGGAAUAGUUAUGUUUGAGGUGUGAGAAGAAGUUUCCGUUCUUUGUUGACAAGUGAGCUGCCCCCAUGGAGCCGACAUGACCUCGUGAUGGUCACAUCAUUGAAGCUCACGAUUGUUCAGUGCUUUGCAGCUUCCAGGCCCCCUCCUGUCUGCUCCCAGUGCAGGGUGAUGGGGAGUAGAAAUUGGAACCAGGUAUCGAAAGCCUGGGGUUGAGCCCCAGCUCUGCUUUGCUUUAACUUUGAGCUCACCCUGGUUCUCUUACGUUUAUUUUUGUUUCCCCAGGCCCAGCGCAGUGCCAGUACCAGGUAGAUGCUUGGUGUGUCCAUGUGUAAAGGCAGGAUUCACAGUCCUUGUCCUGGCUGCCCAGUGGACCUGUAGACAUUUGUAUGUUCUUUGGACCCCAUUCAGAUGAUGUCAUUUGCAGCUAAUCUGGUCCCCAAUACUAAGGAACAUUCUAGAAGAAAAUACCUCAGCUGUGUGGCUUGGGGCUAUUACAGGCUCACUGUCUUCAGGCCCAUAGGCCAGGCCCUCCAAGUUUCCCUCACUGAUCCACUCCUCCAUUUUCUAAGCCCUUUUUAAACCUUCUCUACUCUUCCAGAACAUGGUAGUCCACAGCUCUCUCUUGUUCAAAAGAUGACCAUGUCUCUUCCUUCACAGAGAAAAGAAAAAGAAAUCCCACAGCUUCGAACCACCCUAUCUGCAAACUUCACUGGAUCCCCUAGUUCUUCUGCCUCAUGUUUCCUUCUCUUAUUUGGGACUGGCCGUUCUCUCCAACUGGAUCACAGCCCACCUGCCUCCCUAAGUACCUUGUCUCUCCCGCUCAACUGGGUCCUUCCCGGCACCAUUUAAAUGUACUUUGAUCACUCAUUUCUUACAGAAGCAAACAAAACACUCCCUAGACGUCACUUCCAUCACCCAGCUGCCGCCAUGUCUCUCCGUUCCUUUUCACAUCCAGGUUUCCUGAAAGAGUUGUCUGCAUUCACUGCCCGUGUGCACUGGGAACGCCCCUGCCAUCUGGCAUCGGCUCCCAGCCCUCUGCUUAACUCCGUCCUUGCCAGGCUUCCCCGUGGCUCCGCCUCUACCUCUUCCCCGGCCCGUUUGACCUGAUCCCUCGUCCUUUACUGAGAAACCCUCCUGCAUGCUGAGGUCUCCUCCUGCCUGUGGCUUCGCAUCCCCCCUGUGGGCUCCCCUCCCGCUGCCCUCGCCUCUGUCUCCAGCCCGCUUCUCUCAGUCUGCAACGCUGCCCUCCGCUGCUCUCACUCCCGCCGUCCCCAUUGCCCUCGGCGUGCUCACGGCCCUGGGUUGAAAUCCACACUCCUGGUGUCCUGGCUGCUGCCUGGCGAUCUGGCCUCUGGUGACUCCCCCGGCCUCAUCGCACACCACACUUCCCGUUUCCACUGUGCUCUAACCACUGAGGCCUCCUCCCGGCCCCCUCCUGUCCCCACUGCCAGCAGUGCCCUUCCUCUGGUCUGCACAUCCUGCCUGCUUGUCAUUCAGAGAGGCCGUCCCCGACCGCCCAGGCUGAUGAAGCGGCCCUUCCGUUGCUCUCUGUCGCAUCACCCUCCCUAAAGUCCCUGCGGAGCGCUGCUGCUUUGCUUGUUUAUUGGCUUGAUGGUUGUCUGUUUCCCCGCCUCCAUCAGAACAUCAGAUCUAUGAGCAUCUUGCUCAGGGCCAGCAUAUAGUCAGUGUUCAAUAAAUAUUUGUUGAAUCAGUGACUGAUUCCCAAAUGUAUAUUUGGCCUCAGUUCACACUUGCACGAUCCCGACCCAUACAUCCAGGUGCCCACUGGUCACCUCCUCCUGCAGGUCCACGUGACGCUGGCGCAUCUGCACCGCUCACUGCUCUCUCCUCUUCCUUCUCCCCAAAGCCUUCUGCCCCCCUGUGUUCCCUGUCUUGACAAAUGACACCACCUGCCAGGGACCCAGAGAGGCCUCAUUCCUGACUCUUCCACGUGCCCGCUCUCCAUCUGUUCUGCCCCAAAUACCUUUUAAACCGUCCACUUCUCUCCAUACCCAUCGCGCCUCACGUAGUCCAGGCCACGUCACCUCUCCCCUGCCUUACUCCAGCAGCUGCCAGACGCCUCUCUCCAUUGGUAACCAGAGUGAUCUUUCAGAAACCCAGUAUGAUCCUGUUACCACCACCCCGUCACAGCCAGUCCCUGGUGCCCAUUACUGAAGGGUAAGCUUCUUAACGUGUCGGAAAAGCGCCUUCAUAAUCUGGCCCCUGGCUCUAGCUCACUUUUCAGCGGUAUUCACCUUGUUCACUAAGUUUUUACCAUAAUGAACUGCUGUAUUCCAACAAGCCUUGUCCCCUCUCACAUUAGGGAAUUUGUAAAUGCUGUUCCUGGCACCUGGAACAUAGAUCAGACUGCCCACCCGACCCGCGUGCUGCUCUGCCUGUCUAGCUGCUACUCAACACCCAGGUGUGCUUGGGAGAACCAUCCUUCAGGAAGCCUUCCCUGACCUCUCACGGUGGGGGGAUCCUUCUGUUGUAUGUCCCAGAGCACCCCGUGCCUACCUCUGUUCUCUUCUUU